ACAGACAAAGAUUAAGCUCCAUCAUGGUGCAGAGAGUAGCAGUGAUUGGGGCCGGCCCCUGUGGUCUGACCAGCAUAAAGGCUUGUCUGGAUGAGGGCAUGGUGCCAACCUGCUUCGAAAGCAGCGAUGACAUGGGUGGACUGUGGAAGUUUAAGGAAGUGUCAGAGCCAGACAGAGCCAGUAUCUACCGUUCCCUCACAAUCAACAUUUCCAAAGAGAUGAUGUGCUACAGUGACUUCCCCAUCCCUGCUGAUUACCCCAACUACAUGCACCACUCUAAAAUCCUGACAUACUUCAGGAUGUACGCAGAACACUUUAAACUGCUGCAACACAUUCACUUCCAGACCUCAGUGAAGUACGUCAGACAGAGACCGGACUUUUCUCGUACUGGUCAGUGGGAAGUGGUGACUGAGAACUCAGCUGGACAGGAGGAGCAACAUGUCUUUGAUGCAGUUAUCUGCUGCACCGGUCACUACACCUAUCCUAACCUACCACUCAAAGACUUCCCAGGAAUUGAGACUUUUGAAGGAAAAUACUUCCACAGCUGGGACUACAAGGGGCCUGAAGACAUGUAUGGAAAGAGAGUGGUGGUCAUAGGCAUCGGCAACUCCGGAGGCGACAUCGCUGUGGAGAGCAGCAGAGUGGGAGAGCAGGUGUAUCUGAGUACUCGUCGUGGUGCCUGGGUCAUCCGUCAGGUUUCUGACAACGGCCUGCCAGUGGACAUGAAGUACAACACACGUUUUGUCCACAUCUUGUUCCAGCUGCUGCCGAUCAACUUCUUCAACUGGUUUGGCGAGAAGAAAAUCAAUGCCAUGUAUGACCACACCAUGUAUGCCCUCAAACCCACACACAGGCUCUUCAGUCAGAUCCCAGUGAUCAACGACGACCUGCCUUUAAAGAUUCUGUCUGGGGCGGUUAUUGUCAAACCAAAUGUGAAAGAGAUCCGUGGCUCCACUGUUGUGUUUGAUGACGGCAGUUUUGUAGAAAAGGUGGAUACAAUUGUGUUCGCCACAGGAUACAACUAUGAUUUUCCCUACUUGCCGAACAAUGCUAUUUACAAGUCUGGGCACCGUGUGGGUCUGUACAAGCAUGUUUUUCCCCCCAACAUGGAGCAUCCAACUCUGGCUGUUGUGGGCUUCAUCCAUGCCCUUGGAGCCAUCAUGCCUCAAGCUGAAAUGCAGGCCCGCUGGGUCACACGUGUCUUCAAAGGACAUAAAAAGCUUCCCUCAAACCAGGCCAUGAUCAAGGCUGUUGAGAAGGACACCAGUGACAUCACAAAAAACUACAUCGUGUCAAAGUUGACACCCCUGCAGGUGGACUUUGUUUCCUACAUGGACAACAUAGCUGGAGAGAUUGGAGUGCGACCAAGUCUCCUCUGGCUCUUAUUCACAGACUACCCACUGUUUAAGAGGGUUUUGUGGGGACCUGUCACGGCCUACCAGUACCGCUUGAUGGGACCAGGGAAAUGGGAGGGAGCCCGUAGAGCAAUCUUCACCCAGUUUGACCGCAUGUUCCAGCCCCUAAAAACCAGACAGCUUGUGGACCAAGAGCCCUCCACUGCUGGCCGCCUGAUUAAGCUGAGCCUGACACUCAUGGCCGGAGGUGCUGCUGCCUACUAUGUCCAUGUGCGCAACCCGACUGUCGCCCCAAUCCUGCUGUCCAAGCUCCACCUCCGAAUGGCCUGAACAUGCUGCAUGUUAAAAAAAAGACAAACAAAAAUACCCUGAAACACAAAAAACAAAUACCAUAUCUCCAGUUUCUAGUAUUCUAUAAUAUUCUGGUUCAGAAUAUUACUGUUUGGGUUGUGAUUAUGGGAGUGAUUAUAGGGGCUUAUUACUGUAUCUUUGUAUUUAGUUUAUUUAAAUGCUUAAAACAGUUUCUUAUAAAAACAAUGUUCUUAUUCAGCUGCUCUCAUCUGCAAUAUAUGUUUUAGAGGAAACAUAACAAAUCCUGUUUUUCAUUUUAUAUCAACAAGACAAACUGUUGAAAUAUGUUCAGUAUUAAUGGUUACCGGCAACAUUUUCCUUUUUAAUCCCAAAAUUAUCCAUUAAUUGCAGUAUCUCAGUCAUAGCUAGAAAAAAAUCAACACUGACUUGAUGUAUGAGAGAAAAAAGCAAACCAGGGUUUCCAAUGUCACAGUCGUACACUGCGUAAACCCAUAAGUCUUCCCGACCUCCACAUUUUUAGAGUACUUUCCCCUGCACUACAUGAAAGUAACACUACUUCGUACAUUCGAGCUUAAAGCUGGCUGUGGAUGUACAUGGCUACUGCAAAUUAGAUGCAUAUAAACGCCGGUUUAACUUUUAGUCACCAUGAAUGUGAAAUAUUUUUCCAAUGUGAAUAAACCAUUAUCUCACCUGGCUGUGUUCUCUUUUCUGUCCUUUAUGCUGACCCCUCUGAUUUACUCUACU